UAAUUGUUUUAAAGACUUUUAUGGUCCAUAAAAUAUUGGCCCAUUUAUAAUUACACUAACAACCCCUAUCUUCUAAUUUCUUCUUUCUUCACUGCGUCGCUGUGAGCUUAUCUUAUCCUCUUCAGUGGAUAUAAUUUUUUUGGUUUUAUCUCUUUUUUUUUGAUAGAAAAAUUCAGAUUAAAUCGGAAUCGAAUCUCAUUUUCAGAUUCCGAAAUUUUCGGAACAUAGAUUGUUGUUCCGAAUAAAAUAAUCAGAAAUAUUCCAAAAGGCUCAUUUUCCGAUCGGAGAGGAUUCAACAUGAAGUAGAUUAAUAAUGAACCCAUGCUAUAAAAGAACAGACGAGGGUGAGUUGUAAUAUUCGUUGAAAAUUAAUUAAAAUAUAUAGAUGGAUAAAAAACAAGAGAAAAACGAGGAUGACGAGUUUUCGGAGUCGUUUCUUCAAACACUUGAGCAACAAACAAACUGGGACGGAAGUCCGAUGGUGAAAUACCGAGGCUUUUGGUAUUUGAAAAGAUUUAUCCGACAGGAACUUUCGUCUCAUAAGCACUUCAAAGCAAGAGAUUCCGACAUAAUAUUGUCGACCCUUCCUAAAUCAGGAACCACCUGGCUGAAAGCCCUCGCUUACUCAAUAGUCAACCGCGAUACUAUCUAUCGAGACAUUGGUCAAAACCCUCUACUCACAUGCAAUCCCCACACACUUGUGCCCUUCCUAUUCAUGUUUGAAGAAAACAACCCUCAUGAAUUCGAUCAACCCACCGAUCCAAGAAUCUUCGCAACCCACACGCCUUUCGAAGCCCUAGCUGAUUCGAUACGCCAGUCCGCAUGCAAAAUCAUCUACGUGUGUAGAAACCCUUUGGAUCAGUUCGUCUCGAUCCGCCAUUUCUUGAUCGACAACAAGAUUGAGAAAGACCACGCGGGCCCGCUCGGACUAGACGAGAGUUUCGAUAUGUUUUGCGAGGGAACUCAUCCGGUCGGGCCCUUUUGGGACCAUAUGACUGGCUACUGGAAUGCCCAAUUGGAGAACCCUCGUAAAGUGUUGUUUCUAAAGUACGAGGAUAUGAAAGAGGAUAUUGUUUUCAAUGUGAAGAAGAUUGCCGAUUUUCUUGGUUGUCCGUUUUCGUCGGAGGAAGAAGAACGAGGCAUGGUUGAAGAGAUCUCGGAGAUGUGCAGCUUUCAGAGUUUGAAGAAUGUGGAUAGGAAUGGAUAUUCCUUCAAGGGUAUAUUUAAGAAUAGUACAUUCUUUAGGAAGGGAGAAGUUGGAGACUGGAGCAAUUGUUUGACUCCCGCCAUGGCUGAACGCAUGAAGAAGCUCGUCGAGAUCAAGUUCCAGGGGUCUCCUGGUUUAACAUUCAAGAUUUGAUUAAUAAAAACAAGACAGCUGUUAAUUCGUGUAAUAAUAUGAUAUGUAUGUGUGUUGUUUGUGCUUUGAUUUAUGCUCUCCUUUUUAUUAUGUGAACUUUAAUAAGUGUGCUUGUAUUAGUUGGUAUUGGUGUUUAUGUUGCUUUCUUUGGUUAUUGAAUAAAAUGAUUAUUGGUAUCAA